AUGGCUCCGCCGCUGCCGCUGCCGCUGCUGGCGCUGCUGCUGCUGCCGGUACCGACGGGCGCUGGGCGGCGGGCGGCGACCCCCGACGGGGCGCCCGCCAACUUGACGGUGGCGGUGGUGCUGCCGGAGCGCAACGUGAGCUACGCGUGGGCUUGGCCGCGCGUGGGUCCGGCGCUCAGCCUGGCGCUGGAAGCGCUGGAGCGGGGCGAGCCGCCUCUGCUGCCGCGGCCCUUCUCGGUGCGCGUCGAGUUCAUGAGCUCGGAGCUGGAGGGCGCCUGCUCCGAGUACGUGGCACCGCUCAACGCCGUGGACCUGAAGCUCUACCACGACCCCGACGUGCUGUUCGGGCCGGGCUGCGUGUACCCCGCCGCGUCCGUGGGGCGCUUCGCCUCUCACUGGCGGCUGCCCCUCAUCACCGGCGGGGCGGUGGCAGCGGGUUUCAGCCGCAAACGGGAGCACUACAGCACGACGGUGCGCACCGGGCCCUCGGCACCCAAACUGGGCGCCUUCGUCUCCCACCUCCACGCGCACUUCAACUGGAGCGCCCGCGCCGUGCUCCUCUACGUGGACCGCAAGACCGACGACCGACCCUACUACUUCACCGUCGAGGGUAUCUACCAGGAGCUGCAGGAUGGCAACAACCUCACCGUCACCGUCCACAUCUACUCCCCCGAGGAGGGCGGCCCCGACACCGCCGUCCACUUCAUCAAAGCCAACGGGCGCGUGGUGUACCUCUGCGGACCGCUAGAGAUGCUGCGGCAGAUCAUGCAGCUGGCACAACAGGAGAAUCUCACCAAUGGCGACUACGUCUUCUUCUACCUGGAUGUUUUUGGGGAGAGCCUGCGGGGUGACUCUGCCCGUGAUCCCUUCAAGCCCUGGCAGGAGAGCCCAGGCCAGGACUCAGGGCUGCGUGAGGCUUUCCAGAUGGUGCUGGUGAUCACCUACUAUGAACCCCAAAACCCUGAGUACCAGCAUUUCCAAACCCAGCUCAUCCGGCGAGCUAAGCAGAAAUUUGGGGUGCAGCUCAACUACUCCCUGAUGAACCUGGUGGCGGGGUGUUUCUAUGACGGGAUGCUGCUGUACGCCAUGGUGCUGAAUGAGACUCUGCGCGAGGGCGGCUCCAAGAAAAACGCCACCCACAUCAUCGAGAAGAUGCGGGACCGCAAGUUCCAGGGUAACGCUGGGAUGGGGAGAGCUGGGUUGUGGUGCUGUGGGGGCGGUGGAACUCAGUCCCCAUCCCACCUGCAUCUUAAUUUUCCCACAGGUGUGACAGGGCUUGUGAGCAUGGACAGCAACAAUGACCGGGACACUGACUUCAACCUAUGGGCCAUGGGCGACCCCAAGACCGGGCAGUAUGAGGUGGUGGGACACUACUCGGGUGUGGAGAAGCAAAUCCACUGGCUGGGACGACCCAUCCCCUGGGUGAAGGGGGCUCCCCCCUUGGACAACCCUCCCUGUGUCUUUGAUGUGGACGACCCCUCCUGUGAUAAAACUCCCCUCUCUAUGCUGGCCAUCGUGGCUUUGGGCACUGGCCUCACCUUUGUCAUGUUUGGCAUCUCCAGCUUCCUCAUCUUCAGGAAGCUGAUGCUGGAGAAAGAGCUUGCCAGCAUGCUCUGGAGGAUCCGCUGGGAUGAGCUGCAGUUUGGAAGUCCCGAGCGGUACCACAAGGCAGCGGGUAGCCGGCUCACCUUGUCCCUGCGUGGCUCCAGCUAUGGCUCCCUGAUGACCACCCAUGGCAAGUACCAGAUCUUUGCCAACACCGGCCACUUCAAGGGCAAUGUUGUGGCCAUUAAGCACAUCAACAAGAAGCGCAUCGAAUUGACGCGGCAGGUGCUCUUCGAGCUAAAGCAUAUGCGAGACAUCCAGUUCAACCACCUGACCCGCUUCAUUGGGGCAUGCAUCGACCCCCCCAACAUCUGCAUCAUCACCGAGUACUGCCCACGGGGCAGCUUGCAGGAUGUCCUGGAGAAUGAGAGCAUCAACCUGGACUGGAUGUUUCGCUACUCCCUCAUCAAUGACAUUGUCAAGGGAAUGGCCUUCCUGCACAACAGCAUCAUUGGACAUCAUGGCAGCCUCAAGUCAUCCAACUGUGUGGUGGACAGCCGCUUCGUGCUGAAGAUCACCGACUAUGGCCUGGCCAGCUUCCGCUCGCCCAGCGACAACGAGGACACACAUGCACUCUAUGCCAAGAAGCUGUGGACAGCCCCAGAACUGCUGCAGAAGGGGCACCUGCCCACUCCGGGCAUGCAGAAAGCUGAUGUCUACAGCUUCGGCAUCAUUGUGCAGGAGGUUGCUUUGCGCAACGGCCCCUUCUACAUCGAGGGCAUGGACCUGAGCCCCAAAGAGAUCGUGCAGAAGGUGCGUAACAGCCAGAAGCCCUUCUUCCGCCCCUCCAUUGACAUCGGGGUGCACAGCGAGGAGCUGGCAGUGCUGAUGGAACGCUGCUGGGCACAGGAGCCGGCCGAGCGCCCUGACUUCAGUCAGAUCAAGAUCUUCAUCCGUAGAUUCAACAAGGAGGGAAGCACCAGCAUCCUAGACAACCUGCUGUCACGCAUGGAGCAGUAUGCCAACAACCUGGAGAAGCUAGUGGAAGAGAGGACACAGGCCUACCUGGAGGAGAAGCGCAAGGCAGAGAACCUCCUCUACCAAAUUCUGCCCCAUUCUGUGGCAGAGCAGCUGAAACGUGGAGAGACAGUGCGGGCUGAGGCUUUUGACAGUGUCACCAUCUACUUCAGUGACAUCGUGGGCUUCACCGCCCUCUCGGCAGAGAGCACCCCCAUGCAGGUCGUGAUGCUGCUGAAUGAUCUCUAUACUUGCUUUGAUGCCAUUAUCGACAAUUUUGAUGUCUACAAGGUGGAGACCAUUGGGGAUGCCUACAUGGUGGUCUCGGGGCUGCCAGUGCGCAAUGGGAAGCUGCAUGCCCGUGAGAUUGUCCGCAUGGCCUUGGCCCUGCUCGAGGCUGUCAAAACCUUCAAGAUCCGUCACCGUCCCAACGACCAGCUCCACCUGCGCAUCGGCAUACACACCGGUCCCGUGUGUGCUGGAGUAGUGGGUCUGAAGAUGCCGCGGUACUGCCUCUUUGGGGACACGGUGAACACCGCAUCCCGCAUGGAAUCCAAUGGCCAGGCCCUGAAGAUCCAUGUGUCAUCUGCCACCAAAGAAGUCCUGGAUGAAUUUGGCUGCUUUGAGCUGGAGCUGCGUGGGGAUGUAGAAAUGAAGGGCAAGGGAAAGAUGCGGACAUACUGGCUGCUGGGUGAGAGGAAAGACCCUUAAGUCAUUUGAGCCUAGUGGUUGUGGCAGAACCCCCAGCUCAACGGGGCCACCAGUGCUUUCUGGUGCCCCAAGAUGCACCGGCACACCCCCCAUCACUGCAUCCACCUGCCUCUGCAGCCCCCCUGCUUCUGCAGGGCCUGGGCAAGGUGGGGCAGCGGCAACAGCACCAUAUCCCCCCCUCUAUCAGCACCAGCAAAGCCCACCUUCCCCACAGCCUCUGCUGGAGUAGGAUAACCAGCCCUGAUCCAGCCCGAGGGACCCUGUAUCCCCCCCCACCCUCUGAGGUCUGCCACCCCCACCCUCUCCCCUGUGGCUCAGCUGGCUCUGAGCUUCUCCGGGGCCUGGCUGCCCCGAAGGGCACUUUGCCGUCUCUUUUCAGUACCUGGCCCCCAGCAGAAGUUGUUACCCAUGUCAGCCCCUCCCUGGGGUGGGGGGAAAUGGGGAUUCCUGCCAAGACUGACUCCUUGGCCAGGUCAGGCUUCAAUGCCGCAACUCCCCCCCUCCCCAGUCUCCCCUUCCCCUGUAUAUAAACCCAUCGGGUCAUGUAAAUACCCAUCCCUCCUCCGGGUGUAAAUAUAGGACUCGCUGCAACUAUUUUGUUGAAAUACAAACUUCCCCAGAUCCA